GAACACAGCUAAACCCUAAAGCAGAAGUGAGGGAAUCAUUGAUUUUCCAAAGCUCAAAGCUCAACCACAGACAUCAAUGGCAUCCAAAAGUUAAAGUUUAAGAAUAUUUCAUUGAGAAUUUUUUUAACAAAAAGUAGCUUUUUUUUUUAUUUAAUUUGUUAUAUUUUUUUUCUUUGGAAGAAUCCAUUUUCAGCUUUCCCUCUAAGAAGACACAACUCUAACCUAAGAGUCUAAGACAAGGUCUUGGUCACACUCUCACUGACUAGGAAGCUGUUGCUGCAAAAACUGAGGUUUGAGCAUGCUUCACAGCGCGCGCACGGUGUUGUCAGGGCACACCAGCACUUCACCUUUUGCGUUCAAACCUACCAAGAAAACCUCUUCUUCACUUGGAUUCUACAUGGAGCAACCACCUCCUCUUUCAUCUUCUUUGAAGCUGAAGCAGUGUCGCCACCCCCACCUCACUAUUCAAGCAUCAAACCAGCAUGGUGCAGUCUCCUCAAGCAAUGAUGAGGUGCCUGUUCAUGGACUGUCUGAGACAAUUGUUGGUGUUCUGGGAGGAGGUCAACUGGGUCGCAUGCUUUGUCAAGCUGCUUCUAAAAUGGCAAUUAAAGUCAUGGUUUUGGAUCCGCAGGAGAACUGCCCAGCGAGUUCGCUUUCUUAUCAUCAUAUGGUUGGAAGCUUUGAUGACAGUGCUACGGUGGAGGAAUUCGCAAAGAGAUGUGGAGUAUUGACUGUUGAAAUUGAACAUGUUGAUGUUGAUACAUUGGAAAAACUUGAGAAGCAAGGAGUUGACUGCCACCCCAAAGCAUCUACUAUACGGAUUAUUCAGGAUAAGUAUCAGCAAAAGGUUCACUUCUCUCAGCAUGGCAUUCCACUUCCUGAAUUUAGGCAGAUAGAUGAUCUUGAAAGUGCUAAAAAAGUAGGGGAACUCUUUGGCUAUCCUCUUAUGUUAAAGAGUAGGAGGUUGGCUUAUGACGGGCGAGGAAAUGCUGUUGCUAAAAGUGAAGAGGAACUUCCUUCUGCUGUGGAUGCUCUUGGAGGAUUUAGUCGUGGUUUAUAUGCUGAAAAAUGGGCACCUUUUGUGAAGGAACUAGCCGUCAUUGUGGCGAGAGGAAGAGACAAUGUGAUUUCAUGCUAUCCUGUUGUUGAAACUAUUCACAGGGACAACAUAUGUCACAUAGUAAAGGCUCCGGCUAAUGUGAAAUGGAAGAUUAGGGAGCGGGCCACUGAAGUUGCUUUCAAUGCUGUUAACUCUCUAGAAGGCGCUGGGGUGUUUGCAGUUGAAUUGUUCUUGACAGGGGAUGGACAGAUUUUAUUAAAUGAAGUAGCUCCCAGACCUCACAAUAGUGGGCAUCACACUAUUGAAGCUUGCUAUACCUCACAGUUCGAGCAACAUUUGCGGGCUGUUGUUGGUCUUCCUCUUGGCGAUCCAUCGAUGAAAACUCCUGCUGCUAUCAUGUACAAUAUAUUAGGUGAAGAAGAGGGGGAGCUUGGUUUUCGAUUAGCGAGUCAAUUGAUCAAAAGGGCACUGACAAUCCCUGGAGCAACUGUUCAUUGGUAUGAUAAACCAGAAAUGAGAAAGCAACGGAAGAUGGGCCAUAUAACUAUCGUUGGGACUUCACUAGGCAAUAUUGAAAGCAAUCUUGCAACAAUAGUGGAACGGAACAAAUUUGAUGACAAGACUGCAGUUGCUCCAAAUGUGGGGAUCAUAAUGGGUUCUGAUUCAGAUCUUCCUGUUAUGAAAAGUGCCGCCGAAGUCUUGGAGAUGUUUGGUGUGUCUCAUGAGGUUAGAAUAGUUUCAGCACACCGAACUCCGGAAUUGAUGUUUUCUUAUGCCUCGUCUGCUCAUGACCGAGGCGUAAAAGUUAUUAUUGCUGGUGCUGGUGGUGCAGCUCACUUGCCUGGUAUGGUUGCUGCUCUUACGCCCUUGCCUGUUAUUGGUGUUCCUGUCCGUGCAUCUUCACUGGAUGGACUUGAUUCACUCUUGUCGAUUGUCCAGAUGCCAAGAGGUGUCCCUGUUGCCACAGUUGCAAUUAAUAAUGCGACUAAUGCUGGAUUACUGGCAGUGAGGAUGUUGGGUGUUGCCAAUGAAAAUCUUCUGUCAAGGAUGAGCCAAUAUCAAGAGGAUCAAAAGGAAAGCGUCUUAAUAAAAGGAGAUAAAUUAGAAAAAGAUGGUUGGGAAUCCUACUUACAGAAUACCUAGUUGAAUCCAUUAAGUGCAUGUUUGGAAAUCCUUUUACAAUUUUUAAAUUCAAAAUCAAUUUUGAGGGAAAAGAUAUUUUAUGAAUAGCUUCUGAGCGCCAGAAUUGAUUAUGUGAUAAGAGAAGUUAUCCAAACAUGCUAUUUAAUUUGGUGAUUCUUUUAGGUCUUCUCUCAUUUUUGGACUGCUACAAAAUUUUGAUAGACUAGAAGAUUUGGUAGAGGGCGUCUAGGCCUGAGUCAUCAAUAGUAGAUUGAGAACCAUUGGAGCAACAGCAAGACAAUGAUCAAAAUAUGUUGUUAACCGAAUCAGUGUAUUUUCUAUUUCUAACAUAGAGCAGGAGAGGAGAAAAAUGUAAUCUAGGAGGAAAGCCUUGUAUCACAUUUGAUUUUGAUGUGAAAGCAAAUAAUUAUGAGCCAAAGAUGGUUGGUUGUUUUUGUAUCUUAUUUGGUUGCUUGUCAA